ACUGGGUUUGUUUGUGGUUCUUCUAGGUCGGUCGAAUAAGGAUUUUUGCAAACACUAGUGAAGAAAAGUCUUAUUCAAGGGAAACAAAAUGUAGAAAGAAGAUCCAUGGUUUUCUUUCAUAACAUCAAUUCUGGGGCUCGUGUGCAAGUGAGAUGGCGAGGAGAGAUCGAAAACGGGACAAUCCGAUAUGCGGGAAGCUUGGUGGCGAAAGAUGGCGAAUGGGUUGGCAUUGAACUAGACAAUAGAGUUGGUAAUACAAGCGGCCUGUACAAGGGGAUCCAGUACUUUCACUGUAGAGAUGGCCAUGGAAUAUUCACACAUGCAAGAAACAUCAGAUUCAUUCCAAGUCAAAGAAAGUUACAUGAUACAUUCAAGGUAGUUUCCAGGACCUCAUCUGUUGAUGAGACUCUCUUUUCUAAAACUGAAGUGACCCCAGUGAAGAGUUACUCUGACCCUGAAGUCAUAAGCACUAAGCAUCUGGACAGGAUCAAAACAAUGAUUCAAGGGGAAUUUUCUUGGCCUGAACCGAAAACCCGGUUUAACAAAAGCCAUUUAGUUGGAGCUCACAUCCCAUCAGCAACAAGAGAGAGAAGUCUCUCAGCAACUACCUUCAAGCCAGAGGAAGACUACAGCUUUAACAAACACUUCAUUUCUCCUUCAUCAAUUCCAAACAUUCAUGUACCUAGGCCCAUUUUGAAGAGAAUGUUAAGAUCUGAAUACUUUGGGACAACAAUUCCAAGGUAUUCUAGUCUUUCAUAAGAGGGGACCUUGGUCAGUAGUGUGUUGUAGAGGCAGAGUAAGACUACCAUUACUUUCCCUAGGAGUUUCCUUCCAGUACCAUUCUGCUACUGUUUAUGAGCCACCCUACCAAAAUUAACCAAUCAUAGUGUGCCUCCUGCUUCCAGUAUGUCUAUUUUUUGUGUUUUGUUUUUGUAUUUUUUGUUGUUGUUGUAAAUUGUGUUACAUACUUCACGUUAAAUACUGGGUACCUAGUUAGGUGCUGACUAUCGGCCACUUACAUCAGACAAAAUGAGUUUGUGUGUGUUGUGAAACAGUCCUCUGUGAGGACAAGUGUAGAUUGCUAACCAUUAAGUGUCUUAUGAUUGUCAAUCAUUACACCAUGUAUUUAACAAACAAUGAUUCCAUCUAACUUCAAUUGCACCAAGAGGUACUUAGGAGCAAUGGAAGAAAAAAUGACAAAGAGAAUUUAGGUAAAAUUCACAGUUUGUUUCCUAUCAUAGUAAACAGAGCUGACCUUAAAGUUUAAAGUAGAUGAGCCAGGCAACAGCCCUUAAUUUGUAGCAUUAUAAUUGUCACUAACAACAAUGUUAAACCCUGAAGCACAGUAAGCCCAAAUUUCAUGUUCAAAGUGCAAUUGACUGGGUGACUCUCUGUGAUCGAGGGCUUGGAGGAGGCUACCAGACUCAGCACAGUCACCAUACAGUAAGACAGGAGCUGUGUCUUGUUUGAAAUUCAGCUACUGACUUUCAAACAAAAAUUGUCCUUCUCUCAAACUCACUGAAUUGGCCCAAAAUUAGCUUGUAAUUAUUCUAAAGGAACUGAAAAAUUUCACACUCACUAAAACAUACAGAAGGACACAGUUUACAUUCCAUUCUUACCUAUUUAUUACAAAAGAUUACAUGAUAUGCACUUCUAGUGAUUGAAAUAUGGGGCUAAAAAAACUUUGAACUAACUACAAUGUACCUGCAACCAUGACAGGGUUUUGUUUUUUUGGAUGAUAUAAUUUUGUACAGUUACUUGUUAAAUACGUACAUUUUUAAAA